ACUAAUUUGUUUGUGCUCAUAUGAUGUGGGAACCACAGUACACUUUUCCCUCCUAUGGCCAUGUUUUAUUAGCUCGAUAACAAUGGCCUACCAUGAUUCAUUGCGCGAUGACUGUACCUGGGUCUCUUUGUCAAGUCUCACAGCGCCACAUACCGCAAAAAUUGCAUAAAUGCAUAGUGAGAUUGUGCUCCGAGGCCGCUAGGUGGCGACAUUGUAAAACAUUCACACUAGACUUUCCGGAAGCGUCUCUUCUUUGAGUGUUGUAGUGUCUUUUCUCGGUUGACAUGAUUCUCGAGCUUGCUAAAUUUGAGAGCUGAACAUUUAGCGAGAAAAUAUGAGUAUAAUAAAGGUUUUUGAUCAGUAUUUGUGCAAGGGUCUCGAAAAUGUUCCAGUUUUACGAGAGGGUAAUGUCAGCAAAGAAGAAUAUUCUGAAUUUCAGUAUUCUCCAGAGAACAUCCAGGGGCCGGGAUGUGACAUAGACCCCAGUGAGGUGACUCUUCCUGGAUGCUCCUGCUACGCCCACUCCUGCCUUAGAGAGAGCUGCUCCUGCCUGCAGACUUACGGACAGACAUGCAGACAAACGUACGACAGCCAUGGCCGACUCCAAGAACAGGGGGAUACGGAGACUGGUUACUGCAGGCCUGUGUUUGAGUGUAACGCCUUGUGUGGCUGUAGUGAGGCCUGCUGUAACCGGGUGGUCCAGAGAGGCCUGGGGCUCAAGUUGUGUGUCUACCCCACAGAGGACAGAGGCUGGGGCAUGCGAGCGCUGGAGCCCAUCCCCUGUGGAACCUUUGUGUGUGAGUAUGCCGGGGAGGUGAUCGGCUUUGAGGAGGCCAGACGCAGACAGCUUGCUCAGGGGCUUGAGGACAACAACUACAUAAUUGCUGUGCGGGAGUAUGCUGGCCAGGGCCCUGUCAGUGAGACCUUUGUGGACCCAACUGUGGUUGGGAAUGUGGGGCGUUUUCUGAACCACUCCUGCCAGCCCAACCUGUUCAUGGUGCCUGUCCGGGUGCACUCCCUGGUGCCCAGGCUGGCCCUGUUUGCUAGCAGGGACAUCACCCCUCAGGAGGAGCUCACAUUUGACUACUCAGGGGGCUAUAGCAAUACACCCUCUGUGGAGAGGUUGGUCCAGAGUGACCCUGGGACAGAGGCCAGUGAGACAGGUACCCUCCAGAGGAAACCAUGCCACUGUGGUGCCCAGAACUGUUCCCAAUUUCUGCCACUGGAUUUAUCUGUUCUCAACAAUUAGAUUAGAGGGAUGCAUUUAUUUGGUAAAUGUUUAUACAUGUUUUGUUAUUUGAAGUGAUCAUGUUGUACUGGAAAGGAGAGACACUUUGCACUGAACCCUUUUUUUGUCGUUUCUGUUGAAUACAACUCUCUGUUGAAUCACUAACACAGGCUUCUGGGGUAUUCAUCCUAUGCUUACCAGUGUGGCAUCCAUCUGGCUUAAAGAUGAAAUCUGGGAUUGGUGCCUCCAUCUCGAAUAAAGGGGAAAUCUGGGAUUGGUGCAUCCAUUUUGAAUUCAUAAUGUCAUUGAUUAUAAAGGGCUCAUGCGCUUAGUUCAACUGUCUUAACCCAUCAGAACCCAAAAUAUAAACCUGUUUGUAAUUCUAAACAAACUGUAAUUCUAAACAAACACGGUAUAGUUUCAAAACAUGGUUAGAAUGUAAUUGAUGGUCAGUAGCUCUCUUUCAAUUUUAGAGUGGCUACAGCCCCAACUGUCAGCUGUUUACCAUAACAAGUGCCAGGGUGCCAUUUUUGAUGACCCACUUUUCUGUCACGACUGCUCAGUCUCCACCCUCUUUCUGUUGGAUGGCAUCGCUGAUCUGAUAUAAAGAUACAGCAUUUCUAUCACAAUGUAUAAACUUCAUCUGUGUUGUGCAGACCAGCUAAAAGCUCUCUCUGUCAGAGAGUACUUGUGCUAUGUGGGGCACGUCCCACCAGACCUAGCUAUCAAAACACUUCAGUCCACAAGUGGCCUAUAUAUAAGCCCUCGCCCCAUAUCUCACUGACAGCAGAUUCAUCUAGCAGGUCUUUAUAUUAACUAUGCACUGACUGAUAUUGACUACAGCAAAAGAGGGGUCUGGCUUCGUAGGGUUUUGUAUACUUAUAAGAAUCAUAUGUGCACAUCUGCUCAUAAAUUGGCACAACAAUGUUGUAUGCGAAGACAUUUCUCUCUCUAAAGAUGUCCAUUUAACCUUUAAAGAUAUAUAGCAUA